ACCUUCCGAAGGCUGAGCGUGUCUGGGCAAUGGCUGUGUAAUUUGGAUGGAGUCAUCACUGAUGAAGCAGAGUUGGCUCAGCCAGAGAGCACUUGUUGCUCUUUUUAAACUCCACAGCACCAGGGAUGAAGUCACCUUUCUUCUUUUAAAACUGAACAGAUUUGCCCUGUGAGCCCCUGUCACUUUUUUUGAACUUAGUGUUUUUUUCCACCACCAGUCACCAAGACCUUCUCUCAGGAGCUUUUUAUUUGAUUUGAGAGCUGCACAUACAAGGGACUUUCUGGAAGCAUGGACCUCUGUGAAAACUGGACUUUGGAGGAAGGAACCUGGUUGUCCCAUGCUGGAAUUCAUCAUUUUGCCAACACCAGAGCGGACAGUGAGUUUGUGGAAGCCUCUCCUGUGUCCUAUAGCCCGGAGGAGUUAGGUCCCCCUCCUGCUUGUUAUAGCACCAGUAGUCCUGUCCAGAUUCUAGAAGACCCCAACUACUUCUUCCCGGACUUUCCACUCUAUUCUGGGAGGCAUGAAGCAUCUGCGUUGACAGUGGAGGCAAACGGUAGCAUCAGGGAGAAAGUUGUUGAUGAUCCUCUUUGUAACUUCCACUCCCCUAACUUCCUGAGGACCUCAGAGGUGGAAAUGAGAGGUUCCGAGGAUGCGGCAGCUGGAACAGUAUUACAGCGGCUGAUCCAGGAGCAACUGCGGUAUGGCACCCCGAACGAGAACAUGAACUUGCUGGCCAUUCAGCACCAGGCCACAGGGAGCGCAGGACCAGCCCACCCUACAAACAACUUUUCUUCCACGGAAAACCUCACUCAAGAAGACCCACAAAUGGUCUACCAGUCGGCACGCCAGGAACCGCAGGGUCAAGAACACCAGGUGGACAAUACGGUGAUGGAGAAACAGGUCCGGUCCACGCAGCCUCAGCAGAACAAUGAGGAACUGCCCACGUACGAGGAGGCCAAAGCCCAGUCGCAGUUCUUCAGGGGGCAGCAGCAGCAGCAGCAGCAGCAGCAGCAGCAGGGAGCUGUGGGCCACGGUUACUACAUGGGUGGGGGCACCAGCCAGAAGGCCCGGACUGAGGGGAGGCCCACGGUGAACCGUGCCAACAGCGGACAGGCACAUAAGGACGAGGCGCUGAAAGAACUCAAGCAGGGCCACGUCCGCUCACUCAGUGAGAGGAUCAUGCAGCUGUCACUGGAGAGGAAUGGCGCUAAGCAACACCUCCCUGGCUCAGGGAAUGGAAAGGGGUUCAAAGCGGGAGGGGGACCCUCCCCAGCCCAGCCUGCAGGCAAAGUGCUGGACCCUCGAGGUCCUCCACCUGAGUACCCCUUCAAGGCCAAGCAAAUGAUGUCCCCAGUCAGCAAGACCCAGGACCAUGGACUUUUCUACAGUGACCAGCACCCUGGGAUGCUCCAUGAGAUGGUCAAGCCUUACCCCGCUCCUCAGCCUGCCAGAACAGAAGUGGCUGUCCUGAGGUACCAGCCACCCCCGGAGUAUGGGGUAACGAGCCGCCCAUGCCAACUCCCGUUCCCGUCGACGGUGCAGCAGCACAGCCCCAUGUCCUCCCAGACCUCCUCCGUCAGUGGACCGCUGCACUCUGUCCCCGUGCCGCUUCCGCUGCCCAUGACCCUGGCGGCCCCACAGCCCCCGCCUGCCGCCUCCCCCAGCCAGCAGCUCGGGCCAGAUGCAUUCGCCAUUGUGGAGCGAGCCCAGCAAAUGGUGGAGAUACUAACAGAGGAGAACCGGAUGCUUCACCAGGAACUUCAGGGUUACUACAACAACGCUGACAAGCUCCACAAGUUUGAAAAAGAACUUCAGAGAAUUUCGGAAGCCUAUGAGAGUCUGGUCAAGUCUACCACCAAGCGAGAGUCUCUGGACAAGGCAAUGAGAAACAAACUGGAAGGCGAGAUUAGAAGACUUCAUGAUUUCAAUAGAGACCUCCGAGAUCGACUGGAGACUGCCAACAGGCAACUAUCCAGCAGAGAAUACGAUGGGCAUGAAGACAAAGCUGCAGAGGGGCAUUAUGCUUCCCAGAACAAAGAAUUCUUGAAGGAAAAGGAGAAGUUAGAAAUGGAGCUAGUGGCAGUGCGGACUGCAAGUGAGGACCAUCGGAGACACAUUGAGAUUCUGGACCAGGCUUUGAGCAACGCCCAGGCCAGGGUCAUCAAGCUGGAAGAGGAGUUAAGAGAGAAGCAAGCAUAUGUGGAGAAAGUGGAGAAGCUGCAGCAGGCCCUGACCCAGCUGCAGUCUGCGUGUGAGAAGCGAGAGCAGAUGGAGCGGAGGCUGAGGACCUGGCUGGAGAGAGAGCUGGAUGCACUGCGAGCCCAGCAGAAACAUGGGAAUGGCCAGCCAGCCAGCAUGCCGGAAUACAAUGCUCCAGCCCUCCUGGAGCUUGUGAGGGAGAAGGAGGAGCGGAUCCUGGCCCUGGAGGCCGACAUGACCAAGUGGGAGCAGAAGUACCUGGAGGAGAGCACCAUCCGCCACUUCGCCAUGAAUGCCGCAGCCAGCGCAGCAGCUGAGAGGGACACCAACAUCAUCAACCACUCUCGGAACGGCAGCUAUGGCGAGAGCUCGCUGGAGGCCCAUAUCUGGCAGGAGGAGGAGGAGGUGGUGCAGGCCAACAGGAGGUGUCAGGACAUGGAGUACACUAUUAAAAAUCUCCAUGCCAAAAUCAUAGAGAAGGAUGCCAUGAUUAAGGUCCUUCAGCAGCGAUCCCGUAAAGAUGCCGGGAAGACGGAUGCCUCGAGCCUGCGGCCCGCCCGCUCGGUCCCGUCCAUUGCAGCGGCCACCGGGACACACUCCCGCCAGACCUCUCUCACCAGCAGCCAGCUGGUGGAAGAGAAGAAGGAAGAGAAGGCCUGGAAGGGGAGCAUAGGGUUGCUGCUGGGGAAGGAGCACCACGAACACGCUUCUGCCCCCCUGCUGCCAUCCCCACCUGCCUCCGCACUGUCACCUACAGCCUCCGCCACAUCGGCCAGCAGCGCCCACGCUAAGAUGGGCAGCAAGGACAGCAGCACCCAGACGGACAAGAGUGCUGAACUCUUCUGGCCCAACGUGGCCUCCCUCCCCAACCGCAGCAGGCUGAGCGCGACGCCUUCCAACAGCCCCGUCCUGAAGCACCCCGGGGCCAAGGGGACUGUGGAGAAGCUGGACAACUCUCCUGGCCACGGGAAGUCACCUGACCACAGAGGCCGUGUCAGCAGCUUGCUGCACAAGCCAGAGUUCCCUGAUGGAGAGAUGAUGGAGGUUCUCAUCUAACUCCACCCCCCUGCUGAAGUUCACAGCGGAACAUCGACACACACGGAAUGCGGCAGAGAGGACGAAGAAAGAUCACGAAGGUUGUGGACGGGAAAUCAGGAACGGUUUGAACUGAUAAAGAUUUCAGAUCAAUAAGAACACUUUUUAUAAAAGUUAAAAACAAAAACAGGAGAGACCUACAUGACUGAAGAUAGAAGAGAAUGCUAUUGAUUUUUAUUGCAUAUGGUGGAAGAGAGAAGAUGCAUGUAGGUUUGGCAACAAAGUUAAAAAGAAAUAGGAAUGUAUAGAAAAUGUGUCUCUCGGGGAGGCUCUGUGUACCCCCGUUCUCUGGUUGUGAACAGAUAAACCUGAACAUGGAUGGAUCUUCCUGGCCUCUUAGCAUGUUUGAUUUAAGAAGAACCUCCUAGAAAUCUCUAGUCCAUCUUGGCAUAAUGCAGUGUCACCUGUGCCGUGCUUGGGGUGUCCUGUAAGUGGGUGUGGGUACAGCAGCGAGAAGAAACAUUCUGGGUGAUGGGGGAUUGAAAAGGCAGUCUUCACCUAAUUACCUGUUUGUUUUGGAUUUUCAGGAGAUUAUGGGGUUUCUUAGCUUUUCUGGAUUCAGCAGUAUUUUUCACAACAGGAUGGGAGCAUUAUGAUCUUGGUCCUCAUCCUUCCUAACUUGUCUAAAUUCAUGGCUGUCUCCGCUUUACUCUUUACUUUUACUUUUUUUUGUUGUUCCUUCAUUUUUUUUUCUUUUUAAUAAAACACAGCAGAAUUCCUUAGGUAUGAGAUUUAUUAGGGCAGUGUCUGAACUGUCAUAAUUCCUGCUGUGUUUAAUAGUGACUAGAGCACAAAGACACAUGCUGUCUUCCUGUCCUCCUCUGCCUUUGCGUAGUUGGGCUGCCACUGUUAAUGUCAUUCCUGCUGUGAACUAGGUAAGCUCUGAGGAGCAGAAGGUUACAUGGGUCCGUGUGACAUCUUGCAUUAGGACUAUGGGGCCUUGCUUUUUUCUCUCUGACAUCAGCUCUGUUUCUACCCCGUUGCUCUGUGGGGGGUAAGGCUUUCAGGACAAAACUCCAGGAAAUGGAUCACAGUGUACAGGCAGCUGUCUUGGUGGCAUCUAGAAUCUCAUAGGCACCCCGUACCACUGUCUUGUGUUUGUGGCUCACUUCAAGAAGUUCAUGGAAAUACUCAUAUUAUCUUUAAAAUCCAUUUUUCCACAAACUUUUUGAAGUACACUUGUAUUCACCACUUCCACCCCUCGCCCUCUGGUUGCUGAUGGUGAACUUGCAGACUUACCAGACACCAGUUUUUUUCUGCCAUGAGCUGCUCUGUAACCUAACAGGCCAGUAUAUGUACAGUGUGGUCAGGUUUUUCCAGGUUUCUGUUUUGGGGCAGCUUAUCCAAAGUGAGGCAGAAAUGCCCUGGAGAAGAGCCAGGAGUGAGUAAGUAAGGGGAUGUCUUGCACCUUUGCUGUGACGUUUCAGUGUUUCACGUACGAAUCCUCAGACAUUGGCUUCCUUUACACAUCUAGGAGGUGUGGGAUGCUCUUGUGGUAUCUUGAUAUUUCUCUCUCUCCAGGUCAGCUUGGUUCAUGUUUUCCCAGGUCUCUUUCCUCAUGCUUACUUAGGGGAAAGGAAAAUGAAAAAAGCCCUAGGUCUGAGACUUUUUCAGGUACCUCCUAAGUAAAGCACUAAAGACAACACUACUUGGGAAGCUUUGCCCAGGUAGCUUACUUUAGGACGGGUCUUUGGAAUGUGACCUGGCUGAUGUUACAGCCUCCCCAAAUUAAGGGGGUAGAAGGAGAUAAGAGUUGUAGGCUGGGCAGGGGAGGAAAAGAAAUCAGUGGCAUUGGUCCAACAGGCUUCUGAGCCCCACAUAUGACAGGGUAGGUGGGCAUGGUCCUCUCAAGCUCUGCUCCGCAGUGGGCACUGACUGAGCUUUGUGCUGCCUGCUUGUUACCUCGUGUAGAGUCUCACAUCAAACGUCUAAGUAAGUAUUUUGCAGACUAGGAAACUCAGGCGACUCCAAGGGGCUGAGCACUGAGCUUGCCCCGUGCCCUGGGUUGUGGCAAGAGAGUGCAGGAGCCCUUACCCAUGGGGGAAAGGCCUGAGCAUGGAUGUGGGUGCGGAGUGGGGACUGAGGUGCCUGUGAUGGCAGCUAACUCCUUUAAGGACAUUUUGACCUAAUAUAUGUUGGGGAUGGACCAGAAAGGAGUGGGUCUGGAGAUAGGGAGGUAAGUCAACUUUGCCAGCCCCACUGCCAUGUCUGGGCCACCCCAAAACUCAGGCUGUCUCCCUAGACAUGGGUGAGGGCAAGCACCAUAGCCAGCUUCUCCUGAAGCCUGGGCUUCUUGCUCCAGUCACCUCACUGGCACACUCGGUCCCCCAUAUGCCAGGUAUUUUAAUGGUCAGAAUACAAAUGGAGACAUCACCAUUUCUCAGGGCCUCAACUACGGUUGUGCUGUGGCCUUUGUCAGUCUUACUUUCCCUGACCUAUAUGAAGACUCUUCCUUGAGAAAGAGGAUCUAUAGCUUUAAGACAUCUUUUCUGGGGAUUUCACUGUCAUUGCUAGAGCUUUCUGGAAGCCUAGCUUAAAGGAAAAUGGGACUGCGUAUACUGAGCACCCUGAGUUCUGGGCAGUUUACAAUAUCUUAUCUCAUUUGGUUUUCAGAAAAAUAAUGCUAGCUACAUUUUUUAGUGCUGACCGUAUGCAAGUGCUUUUUCAUUAGACUUGAAACCACCUGGGGUGCAGGGGCGAGUGUAUUAUCCUGAUUUCACGGAUGAGGAAACUGGGGCUCAGGAAGGUGAAGUCCCCUCCGAAAGCCUCACAGCCAGAAGCAGCUAGGAUUUAAAACAAGGGUGUACAAGAGGAGCUAGGCCUGAACCACAGGGGCUACCGCCUCUGACAUGUGGUGCCACAUGUAGUCCUUUCUGUCCCCCUAUUUGUGAUAUACGUGCACACAUGCACACACACAUGCACAUGGCUGCCACAUCUUUCAGGGCCUAAGAAAUAGGACUAAACCCACAUCUCCUAGAACUGCCCAUUAACAUCAGCAUAGAUGGAAAUCUUUGUGUUCCGUGACAAGUGCAGCAGCAAAGUAUUUCUGAAAACUACUUCUGCAUAAUCCAGAGGCCUGGACUUCUUCAAAACUUCCCAGUGGCAUCUGAUUAUAGAACUUGAGGGUCCUGCCUCAGGAUGAAGGAUGAGGGCUUUGGCUCUGUGUGAAGGUGUGCUGAGUGACUCUGCUUCAUCCUCAGAUGUGUUGUCUGGCAGUGUCUGCGUGCGGCCAGGCUGUUAUGUGGGCUAUGAGAAGUGGUUGGAGUCAGAUCUCUGACAUGAAAGAUUCACAAAGUAGUUGGUUCUGUACAUAAGAACUAUUACCGUCUGCAGGUUCAUGUGGCUAAGUUGCUGGCAGAAACACAUUAUUUUCCAAAAACUUCAGAGCAUUUCUUAGCAUUUUCUUCUCUUAAUGUUUCUUCUGUUUCCCAGAGGCUGGUAGGUAGCCAGUGGCAGCGCUGGGUUCAGCACGUUCCAACUGUGCAUGCAGGGCAGGCUGUCUUAGCCCUCCCAGGCUUGGGUUGCAGGGCAGAGAGGGGUGAAGCCCUUCUCAUUUCAGUCCUGCAGGGGUUGCUCUUUGGAAUUCUGUAUGAGUUUGGCUGUACGAGGCUUGGAACGGAUAAUUCAGUGGUUCUGUUGCUCAGGAUGUGCCCUGCAGAGAAGCCGGUCAUUACUCCUGUUUGUUCUCAGCUGGGUUUCCCUCAGCCACCUGCAUUCUCACAAUGCAGUGGCUGAGCCACCCCAAUGCUGAGUUCUGAUGGAAUGAGAAAUUCUCCCUCCCCAGCAGCCUUCUGAGUCCCAGAGUCUCAGGUGAGGCCAGGGUCCUACGAGGCAGUGAAGAAUAGAUUGGGGGUUUAAAAGGUUUCAAGGCAGGGAGCUCACACCUAGAUGGCAGGGAGCUAUGCUGAGCAAAGUGAUGUGUUUUCCAAACCAAAGUCUUGCCUCAUGUCCACAAUGGAGCAAGUGGAGCGUGUUUCUCUGUGUUCUCUGAAUGAUCUUGCACUAGUCUCAAGCAAAGGGCUACCAUGGCCAUAGGAAGUGGGAUCCCACGAAUGUCUUUAUUUUAUUUUAUAUUUUUAUUUUUUUUAAAUUUUAUUUUGUCGAUAUACAUUGUGGCUGAUUAUUGCUCCCCAUCACCAAAACCUCCCACGAAUGUCUUUAAAAGCUAAAGGCUUUAAGUAGCCCGAGAGUAUCCAGCUUACUGUUAGCUUCUCCACAUCCCCAAACCUAAGGCAGCCAUGGUAUAUGCUUUAUUGAUAUUGGUUUUCCUUCCUUCCUUCCUUCCUUCCUUCCUUCCUUCCUUCCUUCCUUCCUUCCUUCCUUCCUUCCUUCCUUCCUUCCUUCCUUCCUUCCUUCCUUCCUUCCUUCCUUCCUUCCUUCUUUUCUUUUUUUCUAAUUAAUCAACACAUUUAAAAUGUUUUCAUUCAAUGUAAGGGUUGUUUAAUUGGUUUGUGUCUGGCGUAUGGCUCCACAGGAGAUGGGUAGAGUAAUUAAGAAGCUACCAGAAGCUGGUCAGCUGGGAACAUGCAAAGGUCAGCAUUUCAGUAAAUGAAUUUCUUCUGGAACUAAUGAGCAAUUUCCUUCUCUUCCUUUUAAAUAGUAUACCUUUUUCUCAGUUAGUAAUUUAAGGGUAGCUGAAGACAAGUGUAUAUGUAAGUGCAUACAUAUGAGGUGUGAGUAUAGGGUGUGUGUGUAAUUUCUUUUCCUAAUAUCUAGAAGAUCCAAGUAUUUCAUCUCACUUCACCUUCCUUAAAAGGUGUCCCUUUGGGAGACUGUACUGAUUACUGCAGUGCUGCCCAAGUAAAAACAUUCUGCGAACUCCUCUGCUAGAAUGGCCUUUGGUGCCCAACACGUUCCUUUGAUUCCCCCUAGAGAUGAGAAAUCUUCAUCCUUUGAGGAUGGAUUUAAGUUUUAGAAAUAAUCCCAAGUCAUGUAAUCCCAGUUGGAUGAAUAAAGAUGGUGAUUAAGGUAAGUCACACCAUUUUUGUUUCUUAAAAAAAAAAAAAAAAAAAUCCUUAAGACGUUUUUUGGAAUGAGCCUUCAAACUGAAGCCUCUCAAAGUGACCAUUUCAAGGGAGGACUAUGCUCAUUAGUACGUGUAACUUCUAGUGUAUUAGUUUUUCAAAGUCUGUUUUCUUGCCAUGCCUCAUGUGUGUUCACAUCUCUGCAUACACUACAGACAUAAGUGCAUAUUCAUUAGUAUCAACAUCUGGCAGGUAUUCUGUAGAGCUGUGUUAUACUUAAGUGCAUGUUAUCGUCAUGUUAUUCUGUGACUGAGGUGUUUUUUUUGUCAUGAAGCUUUGCUUCUUCACAGAAUUAAAAUACUGCUCUCUAUAUAACAAAAUAUAUAUAUAGCAUCUUCUUGUAUCGGCUCCCAAAGUUUUGAUGCCCAGUGUUGUGUUUACAUGUGAUUUUGCCUAGAAUUCUGUUCACAUAUAGACAUCUGUAAGUAUUUAUUACCAAACAGAAUGUAAGCAAAUAUAUCCACAGUUGGGUUUAUUUCGAAUCAAGGUGUUUUUCCCUUUUGAGGAGGGACAGUGGAGCCUCCUCCUCAACGAGGCACUUACAGGAUCUGUGUGAAAUUCUGUGAAAUGGGCGAGUGUGGGCACACAAUUUCAGCCAGAACUAUGGCAGCCCUGGCACCACUGCUCCUCCUGCCUGCUCUGUGUGUGUGCAUCGUCGAGCUUGGUGGCAGUGGGCUGUGUUCUUCCCAGCGGACUCUGGCAUCCAGGUGUAACAGUUUGGCAUCUUGGCACUGAGGGGUGGUGUACAGAGCUGUACGGCCAGAUGGGUCUGUGCGCAGAGUCGGGGAGUCCAAGAACAUGGCGUGUCCCCCACAGCAAAUAUUGAUACUGAUUGUCAGCCAAAGAUUUUCCUAUUCUUUGCUGCUUAAACUUGUGCCUUAAUAUUGUAUAUAAUAAAUGGAUAAAAUGGCAA